UGUCCACCCCCCGUUGCGGCGGAUACCGCUUUUGGGCAUCUGGCAUCUUCUCUCUUCUGAAAAGAACCAGAGAGAGGAAGUCUGCAGCCAGGACGGGAGGGGCCAGCCCGAGGCCCUGGGUGGGCUCGAGGUCGCCAAUCCGGAGCCGCCGGGAAGCGUCCCUGUCCCGGAGCCUCCCCGCGAGACAGGAAUGACCCUCAGGCCGCCCCCCGCCGCGCCCCAGGAAUCAGUGACAUUCAAAGAUGUGGCUGUGGACUUCACCCGGGAAGAAUGGCAUCACGUGGACUCUGCCCAGAGGAGCUUGUACAGGGAUGUGAUGCUGGAGAACUACAGCCACCUGGUUUCUCUUGGCUAUCAAGUUUCCAAGCCAGAAGUGAUCUUCAAAUUGGAGCAAGGGGAAGAGCCAUGGAUAUCAGAGGGAGAAAUCCCAAGACCUUUCUGUCCAGACCAGAAGACAAGACCAGAAGCUAAAUCAUCAAGGCUGCAGCACUACACAUCUCACAUAUCACAUAGCACAGAUGGAUUCUCACAUGUCACUUUAGAAGAUGCCUGGGAUGUUAAUAGCCAGCUAGAGAGACACCAGGAAAAUUGGAGAAGAUAUAUGGGGCCAGAAGUGUCUAUACAGAAGAAAAUAACCACCCCAGAGGAAAAUUUUGAGCGAAAUAAAUUUGGUGAAAACUCUAGAUUGAACAUAGACUUGAUUCCACAACUGAACAUUCCUUCAAGAAUAAGGCCUGGUGAAUGUGGAACACUUGGAAACAAUCUGGGACAUAAUUCAGAUUUACUUAAUCAGAAUAAUAACCUUGCAAAAAAGAAGCCCUAUAAAUGUAAUAAAUGUAGAAAAGCUUUUAUUCAUAGAUCAUCACUUACUAAACAUGAGAAAACUCAUAAAGGAGAAGACAGUUUCCCCAAUGGUACAGGUCAGGGAGUUUAUCCUGGCAAGAAACACCAUGAAUGUACUGACUGUGGGAAAACUUUCCUCUGGAAGACACAGCUUACUGAGCAUCAGAGGAUUCACACUGGAGAAAAACCCUUUGAGUGCAAUGUGUGUGGAAAAGCCUUCAGACAUAGUUCAUCCUUAGGUCAGCAUGAGAAUGCUCAUACAGGAGAGAAACCCUAUCAGUGCAGUCUCUGUGGGAAAGCCUUCCAACGCAGCUCCUCCCUUGUCCAACACCAGAGAAUUCAUACUGGAGAGAAGCCUUAUCGAUGUAAUCUCUGUGGGAGGUCCUUUAGGCAUGGCACAUCCCUUACUCAACAUGAGGUCACUCAUAGUGGAGAGAAGCCUUUCCAGUGUAAGGAAUGUGGAAAAGCUUUUAGUCGAUGUUCUUCCCUUGUCCAACAUGAGAGGACUCAUACUGGAGAGAAACCUUUUGAAUGUAGCAUAUGUGGAAGGGCUUUUGGUCAGAGCCCAUCCCUUUAUAAACAUAUGAGGAUUCAUAAAAGAGGCAAACCUUACCAAAGCAUUAACUACAGCAUAGAUUUUAAGCACAACUCUUCUCUUACUCAAGAUGAAAGUAUGUUAUCUGAAGUGAAAUCCUACCAUUGUAAUGACUGUGGGGAGGACUUCAGUCACAUUUCAGACUUCACUGACCAUCAGAGGAUCCAUACUGGAGAGAACCCCUAUGAUUGUGAGCAGGCCUUUAAUCAAUCUAUUUCUCAUCCUGGAGAAAAGCCUUACCAAUGUAAUGUAUGUGGAAAGGCUUUCAAAAGGAGUACGAGUUUCAUAGAGCAUCACAGAAUUCAUACAGGAGAGAAGCCCUAUGAAUGUAAUGAAUGUGGCGAGGCCUUCAGUCGACGUUCAUCACUUACCCAGCAUGAGAGAACCCACACUGGAGAGAAACCGUAUGAAUGUAUUGACUGUGGAAAAGCUUUCAGUCAGAGUUCAUCCCUUAUUCAGCAUGAAAGAACUCACACUGGAGAGAAACCCUAUGAAUGUAAUGAGUGUGGGCGUGCAUUCCGAAAGAAAACCAACCUACAUGAUCAUCAAAGAAUUCAUACUGGAGAAAAACCUUAUUCUUGUAAAGAAUGUGGGAAGAAUUUCAGUCGAAGCUCAGCUCUUACUAAACACCAGAGAAUUCAUACAAGAAAUAAACUACAGGAACCCUAAAAUUAAGCAGUGUGUAGAAAGCUUGAAAGCUAAAAUACUGUUCAAGUUCAGUAUCAGGAUUCUUAUUGGACAGAAAGUCUGAGAAUGUAAUUAUGUGUGUUUGUAUGUUGUGUGUAGAGAAAAUUGUGCCAGUAAACAAAUAUUUAAAUAAGGUAAAAGCCACAUUCUCAUAUCUAAUUAUAGGGGUUUUUUUUAAACAAUAUAUAUAUAGCCAUUUGGAAAUGAUAAGCCUAUAAAUUGGAUUUUACAAAGCUUCCAAAUAUAGGUAUGCAGGACAUCACCAACUUCCCAUAACUUGAUGUGUAGUCCUCACUGUUUACAGCCUUUUAAAUAUAAUUUUCUUU